AUGAUCACGAUGAGGACGCAGCUCGCUCCGGCGCUGCUUCUCCUCCUCGUCCUCCUAGCUGCGGCGGCGCCGCUCGUGCCGGCGUUGACCCCUCAGGAAAUCAGGCACAGGAGGUUAAAUGGUGCCAACAAGCUCUAUGUCAUGAGCGCCGACCCUGCCGCUUAUGCCGGCGAGAAGACAUCGGCGCCGGAAAGCAAGGAGGCAGCCCCUAAGGAUGCUGUCCAGAAGACGAGCUAUGUUAUGGGUGCCGGCGUUGAGCCGAAACCCGAAAGUAAGAGCGAUGAGAAGGUUUUAGAGGCCAAGAUCAACGCUGAAGUCAAACAAAUGAGGAAGGAAGCUGCCCACGAUGAUGCCGUCGCUGAGAAGAACGAUCAGAAGGUUUUAGAGGCCAAGAUCAACGCGGAAGUCAAACAAAUGAGGAAGGAAGCUGCCCACGAUGAUGCCGUCGCUGAGAAGAAAGCCAAAGAGUUCAAGAGCAAACCAAAAAACACAACCGACGACGCAGAGGAUCAUGCCAAAGAGAAGAAAUCUGAGAGUAAGCUCGACUAUUCGGUGGACGCCGAUGGCGAGAAGAAAGAGAAGAAAUCGAAGAACAAGGACGACGACGAUGAUGAGAAGAAGGAGAAGAAAUCUAAAAGUAAGAGCGAGGACGACGACGAUGAUGAGAAGAAGGAGAAGAAAUCCAAAAGCAAAAGCGACGACUACACGGAUGACACCGAGAAGAAAGUCAAAGACAAGGACAAGGACGAGGAUGAUGAUGAGAAGAAAGAGAAGAAAUCCAAGAGCAAAGAGGAUGAUUCCGAGGAGAAGAAAGAAAAGAAAUCCAAAGAAAAGAACAAGGACGAAGAUUUUGAUGCUGUCCCCAUAGAGACCAAGGCUGACGAAUCUAUGCCGGCGGCGGACACACCCGACGGGUACGCGACGCCGGCGAAGAAGACACCGCCACGGUUGCCGGCAGCCGCCAAUGCGGCCGACACACCCGACGGCUUUGUGACGCCGAGCAAGGCUAAGCCGGCGAUGUCGGCGACCGACUCGCCCGACGGCUACGUGACGCCGAGCAAGGCUAAGCCGGCGAUGUCGGCGACCGAAUCGCCCGACGGCUACGUGACGCCGAGCAAGGCUAAGCCGGCGAUGUCGGCGACCGACUCGCCCGACGGCUACGUGACGCCGAGCAAGGCUAAGCCGGCGAUGUCGGCGACCGACUCGCCCGACGGCUACGUGACGCCGAGCAAGGCUAAGCCGGCGAUGUCGGCGACCGAAUCGCCCGACGGCUACGUGACGCCGAGCAAGGCUAAGCCGGCGAUGUCGGCGACCGACUCGCCCGACGGCUACGUGACGCCGAGCAAGGCUAAGCCGGCGAUGUCGGCGACCGACUCGCCCGACGGCUACGUCCCGGCGACCGACUCUCCCGACGGCAACGUUCCGGCGUCCGACUCGCCCGACGGCUACGCCGUGCCGUUUAAAAAGCCAAAGCUGGACGUGCAGUCCUUCGAGGAGAUGGUGCCGCGGCCGGUGCUCGACAUGCUGAGCCCUGUGGUGAAGUCCCUGUGCGCCAAGACGAGAUUCCCCUACACGUGCGAGAUGUCGAUCGCGAAGCUGCCGGAGACGACCGUUGUGCCGGCGCGGCAGAAGGACGGCCUGGGCGUGCUGAACCUCGCCAUAGACGCCGUGCGCGCCAAGAUCAUGGAGGCGACUAAAGUGGCCAAGGACAUGACCGCGGACCCAAGCGUGGACCAGAUCACCAAGAGCGCCAUCAAAGACUGCAUCACGCUGUACGACGACGUAAAAACCAGCUACGACACGGGGCUGGCGGCGCUGAAGCGCGGCGACAAGUCGACGGCGACCACCGCGUUCGACUCGGCGAGGACCUACGUGGACACCUGCGACAACGGCUUCCUCGACCGCCCGGCGCUCAAGCCCGUCAUUGCCGGCCAGGAGAAGAUCCUCGCGGAGCUCUCCAGCAACGUCCUCGCCAUCAACAAAUACAUGUAA